AUGGACGGUUCACAGGUUGCAGAGUUUGUUAAGCGGGUGCUUGUGGAUGUGCGUGCCGUGCGGUUUGACGAGCUGCACUUCCAACGGGCCGCCGCUUGCGUCGUGUUCAACCCGGUCUUCUGGAACAUCGCCGCCCGGAUCGAGUACAAGACGCAUUUGCUGACGCGGAUCACCGGUUCCCCCCGCAGAGGGUGCUACCUCUUGGCUGUCGUGAUCUUCUCACUAGGGAUCCUCAGGGAUCUGCUGUUCCAGCGCGCUCUAUCGUUUCAAAGUGUAUCACAGACACUUGUGCAGCAACCUUGGUGCGCCAAGAUCGGGUACGGGUGCCUCGCGCUGGGUCAAUUGCUUGUGUGCACAUCCAUGUACCAACUGGGCGUCACGGGGACGUACUUGGGGGAUUACUUCGGCAUUCUCAUGAAGGAAAGGGUCACCACGUUCCCCUUCAAUGUGUGCGACAACCCGAUGUACCAAGGGUCUACACUGUCCUUCCUAGGGAUCAGCCUCGUCAAAGGCAGCCCGCCGGGCCUAGUUAUUGCAGUGCUCGUCUAUGCAAUGUACAAGAUCGCAUUACGGUUCGAAGAACCCUUCACGGCCAAAAUAUACGCCAAGAGAGACCGCGACGUGCAGAGCAAGUCGCAGUGA